AUGCUUUCUCAAUUAUUUACUGUUGGUAUUAGUGCUUUAUUAGCUACUUCAAUUCAAGCAGGUGUUAUUCAAAAUAAGCCAAGAGAUGGAGUAAUUGCAUUAGAUAUGCAAAUGGAUUAUUCACAAUCAGAUUUAUCAAAAAGACAAGUUGGUGAACAUGAUUAUUUUAUUAAAGGAUUGAAUUGGCCCAAAAUUGUUUUACCAAUUGGUUCAAAUAAAGAUGAAGUUUUAUUAACUGUUGAUACUGGAAGUUGGUUAAUUCAAGUUCCUGAUGUUGCAACAAAUUGUACUAAAUGUCUAUUACCAAAUGGUAAAUUAGGUUUAUACGAUGCUAAUAAAUCAACAACAGCAGUCAAAACCGGGCAAACUUUAAGAUCUACCUUUACUUCCACUUCUUAUUAUUAUGGUGAAGGUGUUAUUGAUGAUAUAUGGUUUGAUCCAAAUUUAAAAAUUCGAGGAACAUUAUUUAAUGAUGUUCAUGAAAUUGGUUCAUCAUGGCCUUAUGGUAUAUUAGGAUUAGCUAAACCUCCUUAUGGUGACGAAUAUGAAAAUAUUGUUUGGAGAAUUUAUAACGCUGGAUUAAUUAAUAAGCCAAUUGUUGCAUUCACUCAAAAAAAUUCAAGUGGUAAUAGUUUACAAUUAUUUUUGGGUGGUUAUAGUAAAUCUCAAUUAACUGAAGAUUAUACUUGGACCUCAAUUGAAAAUAAAAAUUUUGUUGCUCAUGUUGAUUUUGUUAACAUUAAUGGUACAGAAGUAAAAAUUAAUCAAACUAUAACUUUUGAUACCGGAAAUUUUUAUGUUGGUGUAAGUAAAGAAGUUCAUGAUGCUCUUUUAGCUUCUUUCCCCGAUGAUCCAAACAAUAGAAAAGGUAAUGGAUACAUCGAUUAUAAUUUAAUUAAAGAUAAAACAAUAACUGUUUCAAUUUAUGGUAAAAAUUAUAAUGUUCCAUUAAUUGCAUUUAUUGAACCUGAUUGUACAAGCCAACAUUGUCAAAUUAUAAUUUAUACUGUCCCUUUUUGGAAUUGGGGAACUGGAUUUACUAGAUUUUUGAAUUUAGCUUUGAAAUAUGAUGAAGGUUCAUAUAUUGGAAUCGCUGGAUGGAAACCAUCAAAUACUAAUGAAGUUGUUUCUUUUUGA